CGCCCGCCUCCUGCUGCCGCGGGCUGGAAGAUGGCGAACGUGCAGCUGGAGUUCCAGGCCAGCGCCGGCGAGGCGGACCCGCAGAGCCGCCCCGUGCUGGUGCUGGGCCAGCUGCAGAACCUGCACCGUCUGCAUUGGAGCCAGCUGCAGGGCAAGCUGCAGCCCAGGGUCACCGAGGAGACAUGGCAGGCCGCACUAAGCACCCUGAACCCCAACCCGACCGACAGCUGCCCCCUCUACCUGAACUACGCCACCGUAGCUGCUUUGCCUUCCCGGGUCAGCAGGCACAACAGCCCGUCGGCCGCCCAGUUUCUCACACGGCUCAUUCGAAACUGUCUCCCAGGAGGGGUCAACCGAUGCAUUCUGAUGGUCUGUGAACGCUCGGAGGUCUUUGCCUCGGCCUGUGCCAUAGCAAGGGCUUUUCCACUCUUCACGCAUCGUUCCAGCGCAUCUCGACGCACAGAGAAGAAAACCGUAACUGUGGAGUUUUUCCUGGUUGGCCAAAACAAUGGCCCGGUGGAGGUGGAAACACUUAAAUGUCUGGGAAGCGCUGCAGAAGGAGUCAGGCUGGCUGCUCGGAUCGUAGACACCCCGUGCAACGAAAUGAACACAGACAUCUUCCUGGAGGAAAUCAGAAAAGUCGGAAAGGAUUUGGGGAUCGUUCCAACCAUUUUUCGAGACGCAGAACUGAAGGAGAAAGGAUUUGGAGGUAUCUACGGUGUCGGCAAAGCAGCUGUCCACCCACCAGCUCUAGCUGUGCUCAGUCAUACCCCAGAAGGUGCGACACAGACCAUUGCCUGGGUUGGGAAAGGCAUUGUCUAUGACACUGGGGGCCUCAGCAUUAAAGGGAAGACAACGAUGCCCGGAAUGAAACGAGACUGUGGUGGAGCUGCAGCAGUUUUGGGAGCCUUCAAAGCCACUGUGAAACAAGGCUUUAAAGACAAUCUCCAUGCUGUCUUUUGCUUAGCUGAAAAUUCAGUUGGACCGAAUGCAACAAGGCCCGAUGAUAUCCAUAUUCUUUACUCGGGAAAGACGGUGGAAAUCAACAACACGGAUGCUGAAGGCAGACUGGUCCUCGCAGAUGGAGUCGCGUAUGCCUCCAAAGACCUGGGAGCCGACAUCAUUCUCGAUAUGGCCACUCUCACUGGAGCUCAGGGAAUUGCCACAGGGAAAUACCACGCAGCUGUCCUCACCAACAACGAAGAGUGGGAAAGGGCCUGUGUUAAGGCUGGCAGAAACUGUGGCGAUCUGGUUCAUCCUCUCGUCUACUGCCCUGAACUUCAUUUUAGUGAAUUUACCUCAGCUGUAGCUGACAUGAAGAACUCUGUGGCGGACCGUGAUAACUCGCCAAGCUCUUGCGCCGGACUCUUCAUUGCAUCACACAUUGGCUUUGACUGGCCCGGGAUCUGGGUCCACAUAGACAUUGCAGCACCAGUCCAUGCGGGGGAACGAGCCACUGGCUAUGGUGUUGCUCUGCUGCUGUCCCUGUUUGGCCAGGCCUCUGAAGACCCUCUUCUGAACAUGGUGUCCCCAUUGGACUGCAACGGAGACUCCUUGGACGACGACGUGGAGAGGGAUCCCAAGAGGCGCCGUUUGGUUUAAAGUCUCUGCGCCCUUUGGAGACGGCACACCAGAAUUACCUCACUUUGCACUGAGUUCCCUGAGUUUCCAAAACCAUGAAAGUACCAUGGGUCAGAAAUGGCCAUUUUCUCAUCCUAAAACAUUUGACUGCCCAUCUCAUUCUGGAGAAAUGCCCUGUUCUGCAUUGCCUUUUUUAAAAAAAAUGUAUGUUUGACUUUCUACCGAAAUGCAGCGACUCUGCUGCCUGUGUUCUUUAUGAGGACAGGCAAGGAAUGUUUCUCCUCCGUGUUCCUUUCAGAAGCAUCUGAGCCGAUCAGUGCUUGCUUAACCUUUUCUUGCUGAGGGAGUCUUCAGAGCUAAGUGUCAAGGCUGUUAAUUUCCCCAGGGGUUUCCUCAGCCCUUCUGCUUUUUAAAAUAUGCUUGCAGCGGAUGAAGUUGGGUUGACAAUUUAUACCCGUGCUACCCGCAAGGCUAGGGAGCUGAGGCAGCCAUGCCUUCUCUGGGCCAUAUUUUCUCUCUGCGCUAGCGUUUUCAUUUUCCAUCGCCUGCUGUCCAGCACACCUGGAGUACUCUUUGCCACAGCAGGUGAGGGAAGAAGCUGGAGGGCAGAAGUGCAAAGGGAACCGUUGGAAGGAGCUGCAGCAGCCUCUGCUCAGGCCGUUUGGGGAUAUUUUAAAGGUCGCCAGCGGGCCAGGCUGCAAGGGGGCAUCCUUGAAAGAGGACUGCUUUGGGCUCUGCUUUAUUCAGCAGCAUUGUUUCCAGCAUGGCACUCCAAGAGGCCUUAUUUUCUUAAAUAAAACAAAAGGCUAUUUUAAAAAAUCCUCAAUUCUUGCAUGUUUGAAUCUGAUUGUGAAUACCACCUGCACAGUGACCAGGUGCAUUUCUCCAUCACAUUUUUACCUUUCUUCUGCUAACAAACUGUAUCAAUGCUUAGAAUGAAAGUGUUUAUCAUGUAGGAAGGGGUGUCACCAUAACAGAAUAAAAGCCUUCCUUGUUUCCUCUUGA